AUGGCUGAACAAUGGCCACAUCAACAAGACGGGCGUGAACACUCUAUGUCGGAUGGUAUUCACAGUGUCGAUGUUCGCUCUUUGGAUCCUGAGUAUCUUUCUGCCUGCGUUCUUUUUGCUCAGAGCCAUGGCAUAUACCCCUCGUCUUCAGCGCGUCACCCAGAUAACGAUAUCGCGUCUAAUAGUCUCAAUGCUCUACCAGAAGGUGAUUACCAGAGCACAGACCUUGCAGUGGAUCAUCAAGGCCCAAAUCGUGGGCCAUUUAGUACCCAUGAUCCCACGUUGUACACUAGCAACACGUUUGCGGACACCAGCUAUCCUCAACAUGAUCGUUGCCAAUACUCCAGUCCCUAUACGGAGACAACAGCUGCCGAUCCUAUCUACAAUCAGCGCAGUAGCAGCUUUCCCAUUUCAAAUCAUGAUGACAUAAACCUCGACCCUAGCCUUCCUCACCAGCACAGCUACCACCCUCAGCAUCAAGCCUCAAGCCCCUACGCAAAUGACGCUACUGCUCCAGCUCAAGCUAGAAAACACCAUUCCACCCCAGCGCCAACCAAGCUCCACAGGAAGAUAACCCAACCACGUCUUCGAUUCGUCACCAACGAAGUCGGCGACAACGGUUUCGCAACCCUCCACAACUAUGACCCGCAAUGGGUCCAGAGCACAGGUGCUGAUCCGAACUCUGUGUUCGAAUCCUACAGCAAGAUGAAGUUCGAAAAACUCUUCCUCGCCGGAGUCAUCCAGAAGGCUGACAGACUCGUCAUCCGGUACACCGGCGCGUUUUCGAGCGUUGUCGACAACGGCGUUGCUACUCUGACGCACGUCGGCUUCUCCAGAGGCUCAAAGCGGAAUAUACUCUUCCCGGACCUGGCUCUGACUCUGAGCUCGCACCCCUCGUAUCUGCGAACCAUCUCCGCCUGCAGCGGGCCCGGUGCCAUCAUGACGCAUUUCGCCCAGUGCAACAUCACCGGGCCUGAUAUUGGUGCAAAUUUGGCCAGGCACUUGCAUGUGUGGCGUGGGUCUCAGGGUCUGGGGACGUUGAAGUAUGUGCGGCAGGCUUACCACACGUGGAAGAAGGAUAUGGAAACCGACCGUGAUGGAGCAGACGGGAAUGGUGUGACAAAGGAGGGCGAGGGAAUCUGA